AUGAAACCUCCCCUCCCAGAAAUCCGUGUAUCCCCUCCCGGAGAGCUGAACGAAGCCCCCCGUCAAGCGCCCCCUCCGAUCGAAGACCCCGCCUACCCCUGGGCGGAAGAAGAGCUUGAAGCUCUGGUGGAGAUGCGAAAUGAACAACGUCGCUUGCAUCAAGAAACCCUCGAUGCGAUGGGGCGAAUGGCCUACUGGUCCUUCAGAGCGCAACGUGCUGCGAAUCGACUCGAAAAGACAAUGGGUGAACUUAGGAGCUACAUGGAUGAGGUUCUGGCUGAGCAAGAGGAUGCUCAAGACCAUGAGGAGAACGGGUGCACUGUCUUGCCUCUAUCUUUAACGAAGUGA